AUGACGACUAUAGAAUCUGACAGUGAUAGGGGAAUAUCCGGCAGCAUUUUUGAAAAAAGCCCCAGGGCUCCCGAUCGUAAUGGUUAUGUGAAAACAUGUGUUACUACUCUGUCCCAGGACCAGAACUGCGGACCGUGGGUGAAACUGAUGUUCACUAAAAUAUGGAGUUACAAAGGACUCUCGUCUGCGGUAUGCGUGGGGUCGCUUUCGGUUUUACUCGCUCUGGUGGUUAAAUUUGUAGACUGGGAAAUCGAGCACAACCGCAGCAGUAGUAGUAGUAGCAGCAGCAGCAGCAGCAGCAACAGCAAUAACAGACGACCCGGGUCUCCGAUUUAUUUCGCAUCAGGCUGCACGGGGGAGCUAUUGCUAACUUGGUGGAAUCUGGUUUCUCCAGUCUUCACCCUCUUAUGUGCCUUCUUCUGGGUCGGCUUGUAUCUGAUCCGCUGUGGAGUCCUUAUUAAAACAGCCCUUUUUCUCCUAACCGCCUGCCAUCUGGGCGAAGCGGCGGCACAGUCGUUCUUGUAUGGGGCGGAGGAUCAGUUACUCUCCUUCACUGCGACCGUGGUGGUGCUCGCGUGCCUGGCAAGCGGGGCACUCAUGGUGGUGAGACUCAAGCAGGGAAUCUCAGUUAUCGUUUUCAUCAGCAUCGUCAGGACAAUCUCGCUCAUUUCUCUGAAUAAAGUGCGGGCCAGCUGGAGACCUUACUUGGCCUACGUGGUCGGAGUACUGGGCAUUCUACUGGCGAGGUAUGCUGACAGGCUCCUGCCGAACCAAGGGAUACACAAGGAGGGCUGUGCCUCCGUGAGUGAAGCGAAGGAAGAGAUCCCGGUAUUUAAAAGGCGAAGGAGGUCCAGCUCCGUAAUAUCUUCAGACAUGGCACACAGUCACUCCAACAGCAAGUCACAUCGGCGAACCUCGCUUCCAUGUAUUCAACGGGACCAGAUGCUGUCCCAGUCAGAAUGGGAACACAAGCGAGGCUCCCGUGGAUCCCAGUCCUUGGGCACCAGCGUGACGGUGGACAUCGCAGUGAUGGGAGAGGCCCACGGGCUCAUCACAGACCUGCUGGCCGACCCGUCCCUGCCCCCCAACACCUGCAGCUCACUUCGGGCCGUGAGCAACCUGCUCAGCACCCAGCUCACCUUCCAGCCCCUGCACCGGCCCCGAAACAACCCCCCGGGGUCCUUCAGCGACGCCUACACCUGCUCCGACUCCGAGGAGGGACCCGAAAAGGGCGAGAAGCUGGCCAUCCCCAAGCGUCUGAGACGGAGCCUUCCCCCGGGGCUGCUGCGGCGAAUCUCCUCCACCUGGACCACCACCACCUCCGCCACGGGCCUGCCCACCAUGGAGCCGGGCCCCGUGCGCCGGGACCGCAGCGCCAGCAUCAAGCCGCUGCACGAGGGCCCUGUCUGCAGGUCCAUGUCUGUGUCCUACCCCACCUCUGCCAGCACAAACCACCUCUACUCCAAACGGCAAGGUAGACCAGGUCUCCCUCCUGUCGACACCUCACCCCUGGCAUCGCCGUGCCAGUCCCCCAGCCAGGGGACCCCUGUCUCUAGCCCCGUCAGCAAAGUCCCCUCCGUGGACCUCCCCGACGCUGCGGCCUCGCUGGGCGAGUGUGUGGUGCCGCCGAGCGCUCACAAAGCCUUAACUCACACACAGAGCGCACCCGGGUGCACACCCACACACACUGUCUGCAGCAGUUGCGGGAGACCGUACAGUAUAUUAAGCCUUGGAGAUGGGUCGAUGGACAGAGGAGACAGAAUACGCAGAACAGAUGAUCAGGCGAUAGUUUCAUCCGACUACGACAGCACCCACGAGACCAACAACAGUGAUAGCAGUGACGUUGCGCAGAGCGAAGAUCCAGAGCGAGGCAGGAAACCCACAGACGCCCAGGCGGGGUGCAGGACGUUCCCGUCAGACAGCAUCAUCCUGCACCCCCUAAUACUCUCAGAGGACAAGCCCAUCCUGGCCCCAGAGCCCCUGGUGAUGGAGGGCCUGGAUCCUCUGAUGUGCCAGAUCAACAACUGGAACUUCCCCAUCUUCAGCCUGGUGGAGAAGACACAUGGCAAACGUGGCUGUAUACUCAGCCAGGUCUCGUACAGGCUGUUUGAAGACACAGGACUCUUUGAGACGUUCAAGAUCCCUGUGCAAGAGUUCAUGAACUACUUCCACGCCCUGGAGAACGGGUACAGGGACAUCCCAUAUCACAACAGGAUCCACGCCACAGAUGUGCUUCACGCUGUAUGGUACCUCACCACACAGGCCGUCCCAGGCCUGCCCAGCCUCAUCAACGAACACGGCUCCGCCAGUGACUCUGAUUCGGACAGCGGCAUCACCCACAGUCACAUGGGCUUCCUGGUGUCCAAGACGUACACGGUGUCGGAGGACGGCUACGGCUGCCUGUCGGGCCUCAUCCCCGCCCUGGAGCUCAUGGCCCUGUACGUGGCGGCCGCCAUGCACGACUACGACCACCCUGGCAGGACCAACGCCUUCCUGGUGGCCACCAGCGCACCACAGGCAGUGCUGUACAAUGACCGCUCUGUGCUGGAGAACCACCACGCAGCCUCCGCCUGGAGCCUGUUCAUGUCCCGCCCCGAGUACAACUUCCUGCUCAACCUCGACCACAUGGAGUUCAAGCGCUUUCGUUUCCUGGUCAUCGAGGCCAUACUGGCCACCGACCUGAAAAAACACUUCGACUUCCUGGCGGAGUUCAAUGCCAAGGUGGGGGACGACGUAGGCUCGGGAAUCGACUGGUCCAAUGAGAACGACCGGCUGCUGGUGUGCCAGAUGUGCAUCAAGCUGGCCGACAUCAACGGGCCGCUGAAGUGUAAGGACCUGCACCUGCAGUGGACCGAGGGCAUCGUCAACGAGUUCUACGAGCAGGGGGACGAGGAGUCGAGCAUGGGCCUUCCCAUCAGCCCCUUCAUGGACCGCUCGGCGCCCCAGCUGGCGAAGCUGCAGGAGUCCUUCAUCACGCACAUCGUGGGGCCGCUCUGCAACUCCUACGACUCGGCCGCGCUCAUCCCCGGCCACUGGGUGGAGCAGGCCGAGGUGGAGGAGGAGGAGGGAGGAGACAUCGACGAAAAUGAGGAGGAGGACACGGCAGAGGAGGACGCGUCCACAGGCUCCGAGGCCUCCCAGAAACGGGUACCCAAGAAACGGCGGAAAGUCUUCUGCCAGAUUACCCAGCACUUACUAGAGAACCACCAGAUGUGGAAGAAGGUCAUCGCGGAGGAAGCCCAGAAACAGGAGCAGGAGGAGUCAGGGCGCCAUAGCAACCCCGCUGAGCCAAUCCUGGCCAUCCACGAGGAGGAGGAAGAGCCAGCAAGCAAAGAGGAGGAGCCUGUGGACACCCUGGAGCAGGAAGUGGAGACAGAGGAAGAGGGGACAGAGCCCCUGGAGGAGGAAGUAGAAACCCCGGCUUCUGAGGACCCAGAGUGACGGAAAGUUCCAAAAGAAGAGAGAGGGAGCAGAACGCCAGUAUCCAGAGCCAGAACGUUGUUUUUUUGUUUUUUAAAGAACAGACUCUUGAUAUUUUGUUGCCAGCACAUCACUUAGACACAACACUGUAGAAGUUUUGGGAA